AUGGAUCAUCUCUAUGGUCCUGUAAAUCCUCUGUUUCUGCCGGUAACCGCACCCAAGUCGCUCGGCUUCACCGCUGUCAUACUAACAUACGACCGGGUCGAUAGCCUGUUCUCCCUCGUCACCAAGCUGGUGCGGACGCCGAGCCUCGCCAAGAUAUUGGUCGUGUGGAAUAACCAGAAGAAACCUCCGCCUCCUUCGUCCGAAUGGCCAGUGAUAAACAAACCGCUGAAAGUAAUACGAACCAAAGAGAACAAACUGUCCAAUAGAUUCUUCCCGUACGAUGAGAUUGAGACUGAAUGCCAGCUGACCAUAGACGAUGAUAUCGUUAUGCUGACGCCUGACGAGUUAGAGUUUGGUUUUGACGUGUGGCGCGAGUUCCCUGACCGCAUAGUGGGGUUUCCGUCCAGACUACACGUGUGGGAUAACACUACCAACUCGUGGCGAUACCACUCCGAGUGGACCAAUCAGAUAUCCAUGGUGCUGACAGGUGCCGCAUUCCACCACAAGAUCUGGUCAUGGUAUUAUACGUACAAAAUGCCAGGAGAGAUACGGCAGUGGGUGGACGACAAUUUCAACUGUGAAGACAUCGCGAUGAACUUCCUCGUAGCCAACGUCACGAAAAAACCGCCUAUUAAGGUAACGCCCCGCAAAAAAUUCAAAUGUCCAGAAUGCACGAACACAGAGAUGCUGUCGGCGGACGCCCGGCACAUGUCGCAGCGCUCGGCGUGCAUCGCGCGCUUCGCCGCCGUGUACGGGCACAUGGCGCUGCAGCCCGUGGAGUUCCGCGCCGACCCGCUGCAGUACCGCGAGGUGGGCCCCGGCGUGCCGCACGCCUACCCCGACAUUGGGGCUCUGUAA